AAAAGUAUCAGUAGCUGAUGUCUCUGGUCUGUGUCCAUCCUGUUCUGAUACUCAGGACUGGCCAGCUGUCUGCGUAACUGGAACCAUCACAGGCAGAGGUUUUUCUUUUACCACAAAACGCCAUCUCGUAAGGCGCAGCCAUGAGUUCGGACCAGGAGAUGUCGAUUUUUGGGGUGGCCGCCCAUUUUCUCAGGAAAUCUGAGAAGGAGCGGAUUGAAGCCCAAAACAAGCCGUUUGAUGCAAAGACAUCUGUGUUUGUGACUGAAGCUAAAGAAGCUUAUGUGAAGGGUACGCUUCAAAGCAAGGAAGGAGGGAAGGCAACUGUAAAAACGGAGGGUGGGCAGACUUUAACAGUGAAGGAUGACCAAAUCUUCCCCAUGAAUCCACCUAAAUAUGAUAAAAUUGAAGAUAUGGCGAUGAUGACUCACUUGAAUGAGCCCGCUGUCCUGUAUAACCUCAAAGAGCGUUACGCAGCUUGGAUGAUCUAUACAUAUUCAGGCCUGUUCUGUGUCACUGUCAACCCAUAUAAGUGGCUGCCUGUGUACAACCCUGAGGUGGUUAAUGGGUACAGAGGGAAAAAGCGUCAGGAGGCUCCACCACACAUCUUCUCUAUCUCUGAUAACGCCUAUCAGUCCAUGCUGACUGAUCGUGAAAACCAGUCUAUCUUGAUCACCGGAGAAUCCGGAGCAGGAAAGACUGUGAACACGAAACGUGUCAUCCAGUAUUUUGCAACAAUUGCAUCUGUGGGUGACAAAAAGAAAGAAGAAACUUCCAAAGCCAAGGGCACCCUGGAGGAUCAGAUUAUCCAGGCCAACCCUCUGCUGGAAGCCUUUGGUAAUGCGAAGACCGUGAGGAAUGACAAUUCAUCCCGUUUCGGUAAAUUCAUUAGAAUCCAUUUUGGCACCACUGGAAAACUGUCUUCUGCUGAUAUUGAAACAUAUCUGCUUGAGAAAUCCAGAGUAACAUUUCAGCUGAAAGCUGAGAGGAGUUAUCACAUCUUCUACCAGAUCAUGUCCAACAAGAAGCCAGAAUUGAUCGAAAUGCUUCUGAUCACCACUAACCCAUAUGACUACCCAUUUGUAAGCCAAGGGGAGAUUUCAGUGGCUAGCAUCGAUGACACGGAAGAACUGUUAGCUACUGAUAGUGCCAUUGAUAUCCUGGGAUUCUCCGCUGAUGAAAAGGUAUCCAUUUACAAGCUGACAGGUGCUGUAAUACACUAUGGUAACAUGAAGUUCAAGCAGAAGCAAAGAGAGGAGCAGGCCGAGCCUGAUGGUACAGAAGUUGCUGAUAAGAUCGCCUAUCUGAUGAAUCUAAACUCCUCUGAGCUUCUUAAAGGGCUUUGCUACCCCAGAGUCAAAGUUGGAAAUGAAUAUGUCACUAAAGGCCAGACUGUGCAACAGGUAAACAACAAUGUUGGCGCCCUGGCAAAAGCAGUCUAUGAGAAGAUGUUCUUAUGGAUGGUCACAAGAAUCAAUGAGCAAUUGGACACGAAGCAGCCAAGACAGUUUUUCAUUGGUGUACUGGAUAUUGCUGGAUUUGAAAUAUUUGAUUACAACAGCUUGGAACAACUUUGCAUUAACUUUACUAAUGAGAAACUGCAACAGUUCUUCAACCAUCACAUGUUUGUGCUUGAGCAAGAGGAGUAUAAGAAGGAAGGAAUUGAGUGGGAGUUCAUUGACUUCGGCAUGGAUUUGGCUGCCUGCAUUGAGCUUAUUGAGAAGCCAAUGGGCAUCUUCUCCAUCCUUGAAGAGGAGUGCAUGUUCCCCAAGGCAACUGACACUUCAUUCAAGAACAAGCUGUAUGACCAACAUCUUGGCAAGUCCAAUAAUUUCCAGAAGCCCAAACCAGCCAAAGGCAAAGCCGAGGCCCACUUCUCUCUGGUCCACUAUGCAGGGACAGUGGAUUACAACAUCAGUGGCUGGCUUGACAAGAACAAGGACCCACUGAAUGAAACGGUCAUUGGGCUCUACCAGAAGUCUUCUCUGAAAACAUUGGCAUAUCUUUUUUCCAGCUAUUCCGCAACUGACGCAGAUGGUGCUGGUGGAAAGAAAGGUGGCAAAAAGAAGGGUUCCUCUUUCCAGACAGUAUCUGCCCUUUUCCGGGAAAAUUUAAAUAAAUUGAUGACCAAUCUUAGGACAACACACCCUCACUUUGUACGUUGCCUUAUUCCCAAUGAGACCAAAACUCCAGGUUCAAUGGAACAUGAUCUGGUAUUGCAUCAGCUGAGGUGCAAUGGUGUGCUAGAGGGAAUCAGGAUUUGCAGAAAAGGUUUUCCCAGCAGAAUCCAGUAUGGUGACUUCAAGCAGAGAUACAGAAUCUUAAAUGCCAGCGCUAUUCCAGAGGGCCAGUUUAUUGACAGCAAAAAGGCUUCAGAAAAGCUUCUUGGAUCCAUCGACAUUGACCACACACAGUACAGAUUUGGACACACAAAGGUGUUCUUUAAAGCUGGUCUGCUGGGGACACUGGAAGAGAUGCGAGAUGACCGGCUGGCACAGAUCAUCACUCGUACACAAGCUAGGUGCAGGGGAUUCCUUAUGAGAGUGGAAUUCCAGAAGAUGAUGGAAAGGAGAGAAGCAUUAUUUUCUAUCCAAUAUAACAUCCGAGCAUUCAUGAAUGUCAAACAUUGGCCAUGGAUGAAACUCUUCUUCAAGAUCAAACCUCUAUUGAAGAGCGCUGAGUCAGAGAAAGAAAUGCAGAACAUGAAGGAAGAGUUUGCAAAGACCAAGGAGGCUCUGACCAAGUCAGAGGCAAAAAGGAAGGAGCUGGAGGAGAAAAUGGUUAAAAUUGUCCAAGAAAAAAAUGAUCUGCACCUCCAAGUACAGUCUGAAUCUGAAAACUUAACAGAUGCAGAGGAGAGAUGUGAUCAGUUGAUCAAAACCAAAAUCCAGUUGGAAGCAAAGAUAAAAGAGUUUAAUGAGAGGCUGGAGGAUGAGGAAGAGUCAAAUGCUGAGCUUACCGCCAAGAAGAGGAAACUGGAGGAUGAGUGUUCAGAGUUGAAAAAAGAUAUUGAUGACCUUGAGUUGACUUUGGCUAAGGUUGAGAAGGAGAAACAUGCUACAGAAAAUAAGGUUAAAAACCUGACAGAGGAGAUGGCCGUUUUGGAUGAGAACAUUGCUAAACUAACAAAGGAGAAGAAAGCUCUUCAAGAAGCUCACCAGCAAACUCUAGAUGACCUCCAGGCUGAAGAAGAUAAAGUGAACACAUUGACCAAAGCCAAGACUAAGCUUGAACAGCAAGUUGAUGAUCUUGAGGGAUCGUUGGAGCAAGAAAAGAAAUUACGCAUGGACCUUGAAAGAUCUAAGAGGAAACUUGAGGGUGAUCUCAAAUUAGCCCAGGAAACCGUCAUGGAUAUAGAAAAUGAUAAACAACAGAUGGAAGAGAAACUUAAAAAGAAAGAUUUUGAAAUUAGCCAAUAUCUGAGCAAAAUUGAAGAUGAACAAGCACUCGGUGCUCAGCUACAGAAGAAAAUUAAAGAGCUGCAGGCUCGGAUUGAAGAGCUUGAAGAGGAAAUUGAGGCAGAACGUACAGCCCGUGCCAAGGCAGAGAAGCAACGUUCCGAUCACUCCAGGGAGCUUGAAGAGAUCAGUGAGCGCCUGGAAGAAGCCGGUGGAGCAACCUCUGUUCAGAUAGAGAUGAACAAAAAGCGUGAGGCAGAAUUCCAGAAGAUGCGACGUGACCUGGAAGAGGCCACCUUACAACAUGAAGCCACUGCUGCCGCUCUCCGAAAGAAGCAUGCAGACAGCACUGCUGAGCUUGGAGAGCAAAUUGAUAGCCUCCAGAGGGUCAAGCAGAAACUGGAGAAAGAAAAAAGUGAAUAUAAGAUGGAGAUUGAUGAUCUUGCCAGCAACUUGGAGUCAGUUUCCAAAGCAAAGGCCAAUUAUGAGAAAAUUUGCCGCACACUAGAAGACCAGCUGAGUGAACUUAAGACUAAAGAGGAAGAACAUCAACGACAAAUUAAUGACAUCAACGCUCAAAGAGCCCGUCUGCAAACUGAAAAUGGUGAAUAUUCCCGUCAACUGGAAGAACGGGAUGCCCUUAUCUCUCAGCUUUCCAGAGGCAAACAGGCUUUCACUCAGCAAAUUGAAGAGCUGAAGAGACAACUAGAAGAGGAAACUAAGGCCAAAAAUGCCCUUGCACAUGGCUUGCAGUCCGCCCGCCAUGACUGUGACCUACUGAGGGAGCAAUACGAAGAGGAGCAAGAAGCUAAAUCUGAGCUUCAGCGUGCAUUGUCCAAGGCCAAUGGUGAGGUAGCCCAGUGGAGAACAAAAUACGAGACAGAUGCUAUUCAGCGCACUGAGGAGCUGGAAGAAGCCAAGAAGAAGCUGGCACAGAGAUUACAAGAGGCUGAGGAACAGAUCGAGGCUGUGAAUUCUAAGUGUGCUUCCCUUGAGAAGACCAAACUUAGGCUGCAGAAUGAAGUUGAGGAUCUCAUGGUUGAUGUGGAAAGGUCAAACAGUGCAUGUGCUGCUCUGGACAAGAAGCAGAGGAACUUUGACAAGGUUCUGGCUGAAUGGAAGCAGAAGUUUGAGGAGUCACAAGCUGAGCUGGAGUCUUCGCUGAAGGAGUCCCGUUCUUUGAGUACCGAGCUGUUCAAGAUGAAGAACGCUUAUGAAGAAUCCCUGGACCACUUAGAAACCAUCAAGCGGGAGAACAAGAAUCUGCAACAGGAGAUAUCUGACCUCACAGAGCAAGUAUCAGAGAUCACAAAGACCCUACAUGAAGUGGAAAAGGCCAAAAAGCAGCUUGAGCAAGAAAAGAUUGAAGUUCAGACAGCACUGGAGGAAGCAGAGGCAUCUCUUGAACAUGAGGAAGGAAAGAUCCUCCGAAUUCAGCUGGAACUCAACCAAAUAAAAUCAGAAAUUGACAGGAAGAUUGCAGAGAAAGAUGAAGAAAUCGACCAGCUGAAGAGGAACCAUACCAGGGUGGUUGAGUCCAUGCAGAGCACAUUGGACGCAGAAAUCAGGAGCAGGAAUGAUGCUCUGAGGUUGAAGAAGAAAAUGGAGGGGGAUCUUAAUGAAAUGGAGAUCCAGUUAAGCCAUGCCAACCGCCAGGCCGCAGAGUCACAGAAGCAGCUGAGAAAUGUCCAGGGUUUGCUUAAGGAUGUUCAAAUCCAUCUAGAUGACUCCCUCAGAACCCAAGAAGAUCUGAAAGAACAGCUGGCCAUAGUUGAGCGCAGAGCAAACCUCAUGCAGUCUGAAAUAGAGGAGAUAAGGGCAGCUCUAGAACAAACAGACAGGAGCAGGAAGGUGGCAGAACAAGAGCUGCUGGAUGUAAAUGAGCGUGUCCAACUCUUACACUCACAGAACACAAGCUUGAUCAACACUAAGAAGAAGCUAGAAAGCGACAUUGCUCAGUUACAGUCAGAGGUAGAGGAAGCCAUACAAGAAGCUCGCAAUGCAGAAGAGAAAGCUAAGAAGGCAAUCACUGAUGCUGCUAUGAUGGCAGAAGAGCUGAAGAAAGAGCAGGACACCAGUGCUCAUCUGGAGAGGAUGAAGAAGAAUCUUGAUCAGACUGUGAAGGAUCUUCAGCUACGUCUUGAUGAAGCUGAACAAUUGGCACUGAAGGGUGGAAAGAAACAGCUCCAAAAAUUGGAGGCUAGGGUGAGGGAACUUGAAAAUGAAGUUGAUACUGAGCAGAAACGCAGUUCAGAAGCCAUUAAGGGUGUUCGGAAAUAUGAAAGACGAGUAAAGGAGCUCACAUAUCAGUCUGAAGAAGACAAGAAGAAUAUCCUGAGACUCCAAGAUCUUGUAGACAAACUCCAACUGAAAGUGAAGGCCUACAAGAGGCAGACCGAGGAAAUAGAGGAACAAUCAAAUGCAAACCUGGGCAAGUAUCGCAAAAUCCAGCAUGAGUUGGAGGAAGCUGAAGAGCGUGCCGAUAUCGCAGAGUCUCAGGUCAACAAACUUCGAGCUAAAACACGAGAAGUUACCAAGAUCUCAAAGAAUGAAGAAUGAAGGAGCAACUGAGCCAUACAGUGAAUGAAGAAAUGCACAUAAUGUGAAAUCUUUGUCACUAAAUGAUGUCUUAAAAUUUCUAGUAAUAAAUAAAUAUGUAGAAAUUUGCAAGAA